AUGGAUCACUUGGUGGUUCUGAUGGUGAUGCUGCUGUUGAGCUCAGGCGUCCAGUCUAUAGGGACACACAGUUCAGCAGACCCUGACGUCAGGGUGGUGGGUGGAGCCAGUCGCUGUGCUGGCACAGUGGAGGUGAAAAAUAUGGGAGAAUGGAGAGCAGUGCAUGGUAUUGAUUGGACCUUGAGGCAAGCAGCUGUUUUCUGUAAACAUCUGGGCUGUGGCUCUGCUAUUUCUGUAGGAAAUAGUUGGGUGUCUGAAAGGACACCUGUGUGGGAGCUCAUACGUGACUGUGUUCAGUCUGCAUUUGCUUUGAGAGAAUGCGCAACAUCAUCGUCCUCUGUCGAUACCCUGGAUCUCACCUGCUCAGAGUCUGUCAGACUGAUGAAUGGGACCAGUCUGUGUUCAGGGAGACUGGAGGUGAAGUCUGACCAGUCCAACCAGAGCUGGUCCUCAGUGUGUGAAGCCGACUUUGACCAGCAGGAUGCAGAGGUGGUCUGUAGGGAACUUGGUUGUGGGCCUCCGUCAGUUGUCCAGGGAGGCCUCUAUGGAGAAAUGGGGUCUCCAUUAUGGAGCAAAGAGUUCCAUUGUGGAGGCCAUGAGUCUGCUCUAAUGGAGUGUAAGAAAUCAGGUUCAGUUAAAAGCAGCUGCUCACGUAACAAAGUUGUUGGACUCAUCUGUUCAGAGCCUGUUAAGAUGGAAGGAGGACCCAAUCGCUGUGCAGGUAAUUUGAAAGUCAAACAAGGAGACUGGAAGAAAGUGGAUGGCUUUUUUUUUACCCUGAAGGAAGCUGCUAUAGUCUGUCAGUAUCUGGACUGUGGCUCUGCGCUUAACAUAGACAUUACCAGGUCCUCAGAUAGCUCUGGAUGCAGCAUCGAUUUCGACUGUGUUAAGUCAGGAUUUUCUCUGAAGGAAUGUGCAGUGUCACUGGAAUCUGACCCUUACUUCAGCCUGAAACUCACCUGUUCAGAUUCUGUCAGAUUGCAGAAUGGAGCCAAUCUGUGUUCAGGGAGACUGGAGGUGAAUAACCAGUUUAACCAGAGCUGGUCCUCGGUAUGUGAAGCUGACUUUGACCAGCUGGAUGCAGAGGUGGUCUGUAGGGAACUUGGUUGUGGGUCUCCUUCAGUCCUCCAGGGGAGGGGUUAUGUAGAAGAGGAGACUACAGUGUGGAGCAAAGAGUUCAAAUGUGGAGGCCAUGAGCCUGCUCUCCUGGACUGUAGGAGCACAGAGUCAGCAAGAACCAACUGCUCGUCUGGCAAAGUCGUUGGACUCACCUGCUCAGACCCCGAUGAUGUCAGGUUGGUGGAUGGAGCCAGUCACUGUACAGGUAAACUGGAGGUGAACCACUUGGGUGAGUGGAAGCCAAUGUAUGGUUCUUCCUGGACCCUGAAGGAAACAGCUGUUAUCUGUGACAGGCUGGGCUGUGGCUCUGCUGUUUCUGCAAUUGAAGGAAUGGAGAAUUUUCCCAGAUCUUGGUGGGAGAUCGACUCUGAGUGUUUCAUGUCUGGAUCUGCUCUGAGGGAAUGCUUAAAACCACGUUACAAUGCAUACCUCAUGUAUCUCACCUGUUCAGACUCUGUCAGGCUGAUGAAUGGGACCAGUCUGUGUUCAGGCAGACUGGAGGUGAAGUCUGACCAGCCUAACCCCAGCUGGUCCUCAGUGUGUGAAGCUGACUUUGACCUGCAGGCUGCAGAGGUGGUCUGUAGGGAGCUUGGCUGUGGGUCUCCUUCAGUUGUCCAGGGGGGGCUCUAUGGAGAAGAGGAAACUCCAGUGUGGAGCAAAGAGUUCCAGUGUGAAGGCCAUGAGUCUGCUCUCCUGGACUGUAGGAGCUCAGACUCAACCAGAAGCAGCUGCUCACCUGGCAAAGCUGUUGGACUCACCUGCUCAGAGCCUGUCAGGAUGGUGGGAGGAGCCAGUCGCUGUGCAGAUGAAACGGCUCUUAGCAUCAGAGUGGUCGUCCUGCCGCUGAUUCUGCUGUUGGAGAAUAUCGUCCUGUAUUUCUACUGGAAGGCCCGCAGGGGGCGUAUGCUGAGCAGACAGGAGACCAGUGGGCAGAUUGACUCUGACCUCAUCGUUUGUGCAUCUCCAGAAGGUCAAAAUGAGACCUCUACAUCAGUGUGAUUUCUUUUUCCCCUCAAAAACCUGCUGUAUACAGCCAGACCCAUGCAGCGCUACUGUAAACAAUAAACUGCACAAAAAUGAUGGGUGUAUAUAAAGUCUGAAAGUUAUGUAAACACCAGAAUAAUUAAAUGUCAGAAUGUUGUAGCAAUUAUUUCAUGGUUAAAGCUUUACAAGGUUAAGAUGCUAACCCAACUUUGGCAGUGUUUCUCCCGUUGUGCCUAAUAUCAGUAAGGAAUUCAUUUUUGUAAAAAAUUAAAUCUUUUGUGCAUUUGUUUUAGUUUUGCAAUAUUGGAGGUUUGAUUUAGAAGUUUGCUUUUUAAGAA